AUGGCCGCCGCCGGUGCUCUCCGCCGGUCCUUCGUGCUCAUGCUCGCCCUCGCCCUCUCCCUCUCCCUCUCCUCUCUGUACGUGGCGGAGAGCCUGAGCGGCGUCGUUCCCAACCUCUGCCACCUGCCCCUCCUCGCCCGCCCCCGCGACAACUGCAACAUCCAGUGCCUCAUCUACGACCCGGUCUGCGGCGUGAACGGCGUCACCUACGGCUGUGGCUGCCCGGAGGCCAACUGCUACGCCGUCCGCGUCGUCAAGCUCGGCGCUUGCUAA